UGAAGUCUGUUCUAUCACAUCAGCUCAGACUGAACCUCACAUCCACCUCUGACCACAUGUGAUGGAGGAGUCCGAAAACCGACAGGAUGUGUCUUCAUCUGAGAGAUGGAGGCGACCAUGAGGAAGUGAGACCUGACUAAGCAUAAACCACAUCAGUGCUGAAGAGGCUCCAGUUUCCAGCAGCAGAGACGGAGGCACCAUGGUUGGACACACAUGGAUCCACAGCUUGUUAAUAGUGACAGGGCUUCAGUUCACAGGAGCUGCUUUGAUCAGACGUGGACACGACGUCUCUUUCCCUUGUAACAAUCUGAUCCCUGAUCAGAGUCAGUGUGACGCCACCGUCUGGAUCUACAGUGUCUCAGGAUCAGCAUCAGUGGAGCUGGUUACACAUGGGGAGAUUAAAGAAAACGAUGCAUCUAAAUCCAACAGACUGAGUUUAACAGAGAACUGUUCUCUGGUCAUAAAGCAGGUCACAGAUCAGGAUGCUGGUCGUUACACCUGCAGACAGUUUAAAUCAGGACGACAACAAGGUGUAGAUGCUGCUGUUGACUUGUCUGUUGUUACCUUGACUCAACAUGAACACGAUAAUAAGGUGACGUUAAACUGCCGCGUGUUGACAAGAAGGUGGAAGACCUGCAGAGCAAUGUGGCUGUUUGAGGAUAAAGACCUGGAAAAGACUUCAAUAAAGUCAUCAGAGUCUCUCUGUGACGCUGUUGUUACUUUUAGUAGAAGUUCCUUCUAUUCAUCGCGGUCCAUUACUUCAUUCAAGUGUGAAGUGAGAGAUGAUCACAAUCAUCAAAGCUCCACCUUCAACCUUCAGCCUCCGAAUGCAGCAACAGCAGCGACUGAAUCCUCCGUUCUAAGCAGCACAGCAGCAGGUGACGACAAACCACCAGCAACAGGCGCUGAAUCAUGGUUUCAUGCUCUCCCUCUCUCUCUCCCUCUUGCUCGCCCUCUGCUCCUGCCUCUCUCAGACACAUCUGUCCCAGUGGUGCUUCCCUCCAGCUGUGCUGUCUGUGGCUCUGACUCAGCUUUAACCUGCUCUUGGCUCCAGCCUGCACCAGUGAAACCAGCCGAGCUCAGCUGUUUGUGUUGGUCUCAGGUGGAGGUCUGUGGAGGAACGUCGUGGUCUCGGUGGCUGUAACGUCUCUGGUGGUGGUGGUGGUCACAGUCCACGUGUGGACCAGAGCUGAAGGGAACAAAGGGACGGAUCAAGCAGUUCACGGUGAUGAAGACGAUGGUGAAGGUGCAGCGACGUAUGAAAACGCCAGAGACUCGUCUGCUUCAGUCUGAGCAACGACGGCAUCAACUCACCACGCGCAUUCAUCCUGCU